GGGUGGGUGAGGUGCUGAGGUUAAACGUCAGCUGAGUUCAACGCGGUUUAUUUCACCAUGUCUCGAUUCAAAGGGGGGUGUAAGGAUUCUCUGGCGGGCUUUAAGGUGCAAACGGCAGAGCCGACUGUUCCGUACGGCCUUCUGAAGGCGGCCCGGAAGAGCGGGCAGCUCAACCUGUCCGGCCGAGGACUGAAAGAAGGUAAUUUUAUGUUAGCUCACACAUACAGCACCACUAAAAGACCAGAUCUGCCACUACAUGACAACCAGUUGAGUAGUUUACCCAGUGCUUUGGGAGAACUGCAGAAUCUUCAACAGCUGCGACUCAGUCAUAAUCAGUUAGACUCUCUGCCAGUUGAGAUGUGUACUCUAAAGAACCUCCGUAGCCUCACACUGCAGCAGAAUCUGCUGGAAAACCUGCCAGAGGAUCUGGGACAGCUCGCGAACCUCACAGAGCUGGACGCAUCCAGCAACCAGCUGAAGAGCCUGCCCUCCAGUUUCGGGUGUCUCGUCAGUUUACAGAAAGUGAACCUGUGUCACAACCAGCUUAGCGGUCUCCCAGACAGCCUAGCCCGGCUCACAAAUGUUAAGCUGCUGGACUGCAGUGACAAUCAGCUGACUGAGAUUCCUGAAAGCCUAUCGGAGAUGCUCGCUCUGGAGCAGCUUUACCUUAGACAUAACAAGCUCCGCUUCCUCCCAAAGCUCCCCGCACCUGCGCUCAAGGAGUUAUAUGUGGGGAACAACCAAAUUGAGCAGUUGCAGACGGAGCAGCUAUCCUGCCUGACAGCCAUCUCUCUUCUGGAACUCAGAAACAACAAGAUCAAAACAGUCCCUGAAGAGAUCACUUUACUGAGUACGCUAACACGCCUUGACCUCACCAACAAUGACAUUACCAGCCUUCCAGCGUCACUCAGCCUGCUGCCCAAUCUGAACGUGCUGCUGUUGGAGGGAAACCCUCUGCGAGGAAUCAGGAGAGACAUCCUCUCUAAAGGAACCAGUGAGCUUCUGAAGUAUUUGAGAGGAAGAGUUAAAGAGGAGCCUGACAAAACAGAUGGAGGAGAUACAGCUAUGAUGUUACCCAGCCAGGCCAGGGUCAAUGUGCAUGACAUUAAAACUCUCAAGCUGUUGGCAUACAGUGACAAGCAAGAAGGGAGUAUCCCAGAGGAGCUGUUUGAUGGUGCAGCUGAUCAGAGCAUUGCCACAGUUAACUUCAGCAAAAACCAGCUGACUUCAGUUCCUCCCAGGCUGGUGGAAUUCCAAUCUUCGCUGUCAGAAGUCAAUCUGGGUUUCAAUAGACUGAUCAGCUGUUCACCCGACAUCUGCAAGUUACUCCAGCUUACACACAUCGAUCUCCGGAAUAAUCAGCUGAGUGAUUUACCGUCUGAAAUGCAGAACUUAACUAAACUACGUUCCAUUAUCCUCGUUUACAACAGGUUCAAAUCCUUCCCUCACGUCUUGUAUGAGACCCUUUCUCUGGAGACUAUAUUGCUUGCUAAUAACCAGGUGUGUGAGGUGGAUCCUAGUCGCCUGAUGAAAUUGACUCAUCUGUCAACACUAGAUCUGGCAAACAAUGACCUGCUCAACAUCCCUCCUGAACUGGGCCUGUGUACCAGCCUCAGGUGUCUGAGUCUGGAGGGAAAUCCUUUCCGCACACCCAGAGCAGCAAUUGUGGCCAAAGGAACAGAUGCACUGAUGGAGUAUCUGCGCAGCCGCAUACCAACAUGAUUUGUGACCAUGUUUGAAGGAGAGCACCACCACCGUGAUCAAGACGUUUAAAUGCAAUCUUUUUAAAUUUUUUCACACAUCUAUGAAAAAUGGUGCAGACUGCUUUUUGAAGAUGUAAUAAAAUAAAACCAUUGAUCCGUUUUUCUUUUUUCCAUGGAUGCGAGUCAGAAUGGGAUUUAUAUUGUUCGCUGUUCUGCAGGUGCUGCUGAAAAGGAGCACUUCUCCAAAUAAAGUUGU